CCCCUUUCCUUUGGUCGUCAGAUUUGCGUCCAAAUCCCUCCCUAAAACCUUUUCACGGUGACAAGAGUGAGUGAGAGAGAGAGACGAAGCCAACGAAAUGUGGAGGCCCUUCGUAAGAACCGCCGCCAGGAAUCUCAAAUUGAAUCGGAGUUCUUUAAUUCUAAAUGAUACCGUUUCUCAUUUCUCAGCGCCGAACUCAGCCGCCGCCGUGGGAACACUUCUCCCGAGUUUAGAUCACGCGCAUCGAUGCUUUUCAUCUUCCAAGAGCACGAAAACUUCAAUCACCAAGACGAAGAAGGCUGAAGGCAAAAAAUCCAAACCUAAAGGCGGAGGCGCUCCUAAUGCAGCCGGAGCCGAGGACGGCGAGUUUGGAGCCGGCGGUGGAGAUGACCUUGAAGCCGGUCGAGCUAAGAGGUUAGCUGAUGAUGAUAAGAUCCCGUCUUUAGAUGUAGGUCCUAAUGGAAGGCCUCUCUUUACUCCUAAAGAUACUACACUAUCGCAGCUUUCUCAUAAGGAUAUCGGCUCCUACUACAAAUUCGAUGAGGCAGCUUUGGAAGCAGUUCUGCCGGAGGGUUUGGCUUCAGGGAUUCAAGAUUUUUGGUAGCUUUUGGAAAUUUUCUAUAAUUUGGAUUCUGAGCAUUCGAUUUAUUUUUGUUCUGCUGAUUCUCUUGUUUUAGGAUAUGUUUUUUAGAUUGCAACUAGUCACAAUCCCUGGUUAAUAAUAAUCAUCGCUAGUAGAAAGAAACUUAGAGAGCUGAGCCUAUUCUUUUAGUGGUCCAUUUAAGAAUACAAAUGGCUGUUCUGCUUUCUGUGUAAUAAUAAAAACUCACUUCUGGCGGCUAGCUUGUUUAGUUGUCGGCAUAGGUCUGUCUUUGAAGCUUUUUGUUACUUCUGAUUUGUGGUAUUUUGGUCUGGCGGACGGAUACAACUUAUCCGGCAUAAAGGUUUGUAAUAUAUGGCUCAUAAACUCACCGUGUUUGCUGCUUAGCUUUUACCAAUUCCCCGGUGCAUCAUAUCUGGUUGAGUCUGAUACGAUUUCUGUUAAAUUCUGUUGACCUGAGAACUUAAAAAGGCUUUAGCAGAGAACCUUUUCGAGACUAGUGGUUGUUAAUCUCUGUCUCUAU